UUGCAGCGUGUCCAGGAUCCUCUACGGCAGCUUUGGCGAGCACGUCCCGGUCUCCGUCGCCGUAGGCUCUCUCCCUUUCUUGAGCCCGUGCGGCGCCAUGGCUGCUGACGUCUGGGCCUCCGGCGUCACCGUCCUAGAGCUGUUCCUGGGGCGCAACCUCGUCUUGCCUGCAGGGGAGACACAGUCGUACACGAGGCUGCGACAGGCGAUCUGCGACGGGGAGCCGCCGUUGGUGCCGGAGAGCGCGGCGGCAUCGGCGGAGCUGCGUGAGUUCGUGGCUGCCUGCCUGAAGAAGGAUCCGAGGCGGCGCAGCUGCUCGCGCACCCGUUCGUCGCGCACCGCAACGUCGAGGAGCUGCACCCGCGCGUUACGGGAACUCAUCGUGGAGACCCUGGAGGAGUAGAAGUAGAGAAGCAGCACCCUUUUCAAUCGAAUUGUCUAAUGUAAUUAGAUUCUUUAGAGGGUAUGAGAUUGUAUUAUA